UCAGCAGAGUUGGAGCUCAACGAGUCUGGCUAGAUGUUGAAGCACGAAGAAUGUCCACUUAUACGCAUUAUUAAUCGCAGGUGCGUCAGUUUAUUAAUCCACUGCGUGUGCGAUAUGUCCGCGCCGAUGCAUCGUGAGAUAUAAGCGUAUGAUGCAGUCGCGAGUGUAGGAUGUUCUCUUCUCGAGAGGAUCCAGAAAUCUCCUUUUUGUAAAAAGGAGAAUACUAGAUUGUUCUCUUUCAUCUUGUUCGCGCAGCCUCCCGAUGUACGACAUUUGAGUGCGCUUUUGCAUUAAAUGUGUAUAUAAAAUCAAGAAAAAGAGAAGAUUUUGAAAAAAGGCAAAAUGGAUUUAGAAGAGAAUUUACUGCAAGAGCAUCUGCUGAACGUCUACGAUUCUUCCCCGACCAGCACUCAAAUUCUUUACAAACUUCUGCUGGACGCUCUACGAUCUAAGGAUUUUAGAUCUUUCAAAAAUACUGUGGAACAUAACUUGAAAAAACAGCCGCCCGCUUUAAACGUCAACUACGUCCAUCCCAAUCAUUCGGAAGAGACGUGCCUUGACAUAGCUAGUAAAAAUGGCUUAACGGAGUUCGUAGAGUUUCUAUUGCUCAAAGGGGCGAAUCCAAAUAGGGUGAAUGAGGCGCACAAUCGUGCUCCCAUUCAUUUCGCCACCGAAGGCGGACACGUGGAUACGCUGGCAGCUUUGUUAGCGCAUCCGACGAUAAAUCCAAACCUCGAGGCAGGACAACAAACGGCUCUGCAUAUCGCAGUACGAAAGAAGAAUCUCGCAUGUGCAGAUCUACUGUUAGAAAAAGGCGCUAGCGCCAGUAUUCCUAAUAACAAGGGUCUGACGGCCCUCCAUUUGGCAGCGAUGAAGGGACAGCGCGAUAUGGCGGAGCUGAUACUAAAUAAAUGCCGACAAUGUCCGGACGUGGACAGUUAUAGGGAUUAUAAUCAUCAAACGACGAGAGAAGUGAUUCAACAAAAGUUGCCGGGAUUAUUGUUACCGCCCAAGUCCGAAAACCGAGAGACGAAUGCGCACGAUCUCAAGUAUUACCUGAUCGCUAAUGACGAGAUUAAUUUUUUGAGGAGUCUGGAACUCGUCAAAAUGGAGAUUCUUCAUAGUGUGGCCGAGGACUUGUUGGAGAUGGCCACGCAACGUGAUUUCUACGAGGCUGUAGUGGGAAUUCUGGAAAAACUCAAGGGAAAUCUCUUCAGCGUAAAACAAGCCGCGCACGUAGCUGUUGAACAGGGCAAUCAUGCUAUUCUUCAGGAAUUGCUGAACGUGGAGCCUGAAGUGGCAAACGAUCUGAUUCUAAAUGUCUGCCUGGAGUUGGGAAUGCCAGGAAAACGAGGAGUCGACAAUACGUCCGAUCGAUUGCAGUGUCUGAGAUUAAUCCUGGAACAGGAAAACGUGGAUGUUCGAUGUACUGACAAUAAAGGUAACACGCCAUUACAUUACGCAGCCAGAGCGGGUUGUCGCGAAGCGGUAACUUUGCUCCUCGAGCGAGGUAGUUACAUCGGCCAUAUGAACAACUUCAACGUACCACCUAUCGCCGACAUCCCGAUAUGCACGCUGUCGCGUUACUUCGACGACUGUCUACAGACGCGGAAGGAGCGGACAAACGAAUACACCAUCGAAUUCAAUUAUCGCUGUCUGAUGCCGCACGAUGUUCUCGCGGAACAUGACAAGAAUCAUCGGACAGCUUACGAAAUGGAAGUGUUCAGAUAUAUCGCUUGCAACGGCGCUCUCAAACACUUGCUGAAGCACCCGUUACUCUCGUCCUUCCUUUUCCUCAAAUGGCAUAGGAUACGGCACAUUUUAUAUGCGAAUUUUGUCUUUUACGUGAUCUUCUACUUCUUGCUAAACGCUUACAUUCUGGGCAUGACUUAUGACAGUUCCGCAAAUAAAAACGAAAUGCAAACGAUCAACAGUUCGAAUGAUGCUGCUCUAAGAAGUACCUUGCAAAUCGCCUGGUAUCAGAAUAGUCUCCUAUGGGCUUUCACUACCGUGCUAUUGCUGCUCUUUAUCUCCCGAGAGAUCCUUCAGUUCAUCUCCUGCCCUUGGCGCUAUUUGAAAAACUUGGGAAAUUGGUUGGAAGCUGCGUUGAUCGUGCUGACUUUCGCUGUGCUGUGCGGCGCGGGACCACAGAUCAGUGCUAUAGUAAUCCUCCUGUCCGCGUGGGAAUUGGUGAUUCUGAUCAGUCAGCAUCCACGCAUGACCACUGGCAUCGAGAUGUUCCGAACGGUCUCCUUCAAUUUCGCGCGCUUCCUCUUCCCAUAUGCAUUCCUCAUCCUCGCGUUCGCUUUGGCCUUUUACACGCUCUUCAAGGACGGCGACGACACAAGCUUUCCCGAUCCCGGUCGCUCGCUCUUCAAGACUGUUAUCAUGCUCACCGGCGAGUUUGACGCCAAUGACAUCCCGUUUGUCUCGCAUCCCGUUUGGAGCCAUAUCGUAUUCGUAUUAUUCGUCUUCCUCAUCGCCAUCGUGCUGUUCAAUUUGCUCAAUGGUCUGGCGGUCAGCGACACUGCCGAGAUUCUUUGCAAGGCCGAACUAGUUGGACUCAUCUCCCGAAUACGUUUGAUUUCCUAUAUCGAGGAUGUGGCGGUCGGCAAAUCAUGCAGGCAUUGUUUCUGCUGCGGAAAUUCAUGUUCUCUGCGAUGGAAUCCGUUCGGCUUUCUUGCCAGGAGGAUUCUUCUGUUUCCACAUUAUCUAAGAGACGGCAGAAUCAGCGUCAAGCCAUACGAUUGUCUGUACGUAUACAACAAUGACAAGCAUUAUGAGAAAUAUGUUCGCAAUGAGUCUGUGAAUCGCGAUAAACGUUGGGCCACAUUGAAGAUGGAUCCUAAUAUAAUUAAACAAGCUAAACAAAUUAUCUCCAAGAAAAAUCAAUUGUCGGACAACGAGAGGAUAAUCAUCGCAUUGAAUAAAUUGCAGGAGAAACUGGCAGAGAUGGAGCUCGCUUUGAAUACUGUGAAGCUCGCAGUUGAGAAUAAUAAUGUCGAUAAUACGGUGAAUUCUGUUAGAGAGAAUUAAU